GUACACUCAACACCACAAAGCCACACAAAAAACCAAAUGGAGACCUUACCACUAAACCUUAUUUUGAGUUUCUUCAACAUUCCACCAUUGUGGAAAGAGUGUCUCUCUUCAGCAUUUAGAACAGCCUUAGCUUGCACCAUAGUAGCAAUUGUAACACUUUAUGGGCCAAUUUCAAUUACAAGCCUCAUAACAUUUCCGGCAUUUUCAUACGUGGUUGUGAUUCUCAUUAUCAUAAAUGACGCGACUUUAGGUGACGCGCUACGCGGUUGUUGGCUCGGGCUUUAUGCUACGAUUCAAAGUUUAGGCCCAGCAAUUUUGAGCUUAUGGGCUAUAGGUCCAAAUCGAUUGUCUAAAGGAACGGCUUCUAUUGCCGUAGCUUUGGCUGCAUUUGUCGUGGUUUUGCCUUCGGCUCAAUCGACACAUUUGAUUGCUAAGAGAAUUUCAUUGGGUCAAAUUGUGUUGGUUUAUGUGGUGGCUUAUGCUAAUGGCGUUCAUAUUGAUACUUUUAUGCAUCCUAUUCAAUUGGCUGCUAGUACUGCUUUAGGUGUAUUUGCUUGUGUUGUUGCAUUGCUUCUUCCUUACCCACGAUUUGCUUGCUACCAGGUGAACAAAAACUACAAGCUGUUAACAAAUAAUAUUUUGAAGAGAUUAAAGCUUCUAGUAAGUGUAAUUAGUGAGGAGGAAAGUAUUUCUGCACAAGGAUUAAUCUCUCGUGCUAAGUCUUUGGCAACCAAGCGAACCAAGAUCUUUUCAACCAUCAUGCGCUACCUAGAUGGCAUGAAGUGGGAGAGACUUCCAAUUAAACUUUUCAAACCACAUUACAAUAACUUGGGGGAGAAACUUCAAGAGAUAGAUACCAAUCUUAUAGGAAUGGAAUUGGCUUUAAGUUGCACCAAAUCAUUCCCAAUCAACAAUCUUGAUCAAGACCUUAAACAUGGUCUAAGCACACUUGAGGAGCAUGUUAACCUAACCAUUAAAAAUGCUAAACACACCUUCCUAGGUGGUGGUGGUUCACUUACUGUUCCUGAAUCCAAUCCAAAAAACAUAACACAUUUUCUUCAAUCCCUUCAAACCAUUCCAACAACUCACAAAGAAUUGCCCAUCUUUUUCUUCCUAUUUUGUGCCAAACUCCUUCACAUGAAAUCAUCAACCGAAGGCCCAACUAAUGCUGAAGCCCAGCCCACUAAGAAAAAAGAAAAUUCUCCCGAAGGCAAAGAUCAAUGGGCUAAUUGGGCCAUAAAAUUAAAAAGCACAAAUCUUCUCCCGGCAGUUAAGUACUCUUUCGCUCUGGGUCUUUCGGUCUUCAUGGGCUUAUUAUAUAGCAAAGAAAGCGGGUUUUGGGCUGGGCUUCCGGUGGCUGUGAGCUACAUUUCGGGUAGAGAACCUGCUUUUAGGGCCGCAAAUGUUAAAGCCCAAGGGACGGUGAUAGGAACUGUGUACGGUGUGUUGGGUUGUUUCGUGUUUAAUAGGCUAGUGUCAAUUAGAUUCUUGUCUCUACUUCCAUGGUUCAUUUUCACAAGUUUUCUUCAACGAAGCCAAAUGUAUGGGCCUGCAGGUGGCAUUUCAGCAGUGAUUGGGGCCGUUUUAAUUUUGGGCCGAAAAAAUAUAGGCCCACCAAGCGAGUUCGCAAUAGAAAGAAUCAUCGAAACUUUCAUUGGGCUUUCAUGUUCUAUUUUUGUGGAUCUUCUUUUUUGGCCUAAAAGGGCUUCAACAUGUGCCAAAUUUGAACUCUCUCAAUGUUUGUCCAAUCUCUUUGAUUCAAUUGAGACAUUGAGCCUAGUUGGUAAAACUGAUUCUCAAUUGGAAGAAAAUCAAAGAAAAUUGAAGGUCCAAGUUAAUGAGAUGAAAAAAUAUGUUAUAGAAGCUGAAGCUGAGCCCAAUUUCUGGUUUGUACCAUUUCAUAGUGGUUGCUAUAAUAGGCUUUUGGGCUCAUUGUCAAAGUUAGUGGAUGUUUUGCAUUUUGGUGCAUGUGCAUUAAAAACACUUCAACAAGAGUUUCAAAGAAGUGACAAUUUUGUGAAUGAGGAAGUGAAUAUGCUACAAAGUGAACUUGCUAAUGUUAGGGAAAUUAUUUGCUCUUCCAUCAAAGGUCUUGAAGAAAUUUCCAAGAUGAAAUCAUUCAAGUUUGUUGAGAAAGAGACUGAAAAGAAGAAGAACAUGUCUUGUGAUGUUGAAAUGGGAAAGUCGAGAGAGGACGGAACGUGGCUUUCGGGUUUAGGAGAAGAUGGAAUAAGAGAAAUUAUUGAAAAUUUUCUUCAUAGGUCAAGAGAUGUUGUUGAGAAGUUGUAUAGUGAUGAAGGUGAAAAAGAACUUAAGAGUGAAGUUGUUUUGAGUUUGAGUGUUGUUGGGUUUUGCUUGAGUGUGUGUAUGCAUGGAACAAUAGAGAUUGAAGAGGCAAUGAGGGAACUUGUUCAAUGGGAGAAUCCCUCUAGCAAUGUUUAAUUUGUCUGAGAUAGUAUGGUGUAUCUCAACAAAUGAUGAAAUUGAUAUAGUAAAAAAGAAAUGAAAUUGAAAAAGUUGAAUUUAUAUAUAUAGAUACUAUAUAUACAACAAAUAACAAUAUUCUCAAUAAUAUGCACUAUGCUACAAUGUACUGUUAACCUCUUAAAAUAUUUGAACCUAUGCAUAACUGAUCAAUAUUUUCUUGAACUUUUUCAAUGUCUAUAAAUAAAGGGAUAUUAUGCAAAA